GUUAAUGAGACAUUCCUUUCGAAAUAUCAUUGUUUAGCUCGGAAUUUCUCAUGGUCCAGUUGUUUGCAUCUGUAUUCAUCUUAUUCUUACGUCUCAUCUUUUGUAUGCUGUUGACGAGUUGACAUUGUCUGAGGAACUUGUAAAGUUGUUUUACCUGAUAAGUGAACGUGACUGACCGUUCGUUGCGUGAAUAGCUGCCUCAAAAGGAUAUGAAUCAUUUUUAACGCAAGUAACUUGGUGAGGAAAUUUGUGUAAAGUGACCCAAUAAGUAUUCAACCUUCGAGCGUAUGAUGACUUAUGGACUGUGAGGUGACUGUCGCCGAAUGUUUUGAAAUGAACCUAGUGUUUUAACCAGUGGUAUUCAAGUGAUCAAUUAAAAAAAAAUCAAACAUGUUCAAGUUACUUGGUGGACUAGCUCAUUAUUUAAAACAACAAGACAUAGUGACGGAUUGUGCAAUAUUCCGUCUGCACAAUUUGUUCACUACAGCUUUGUUGAUGGGAUGCAGCUUGAUAAUAACAGCGACCCAAUAUGUUGGACGACCGAUCCAGUGCAUCGUUCAGGAUAGGAAUCCUCACGUAGUGAACACUUUCUGUUGGAUUUCUUCCACGUUUACAAUGGCCGACGCUUUCAACAGACAGAUAGGAUCAGAAGUUGCAGCCCCAGGUCUCUCAAACGACUUUGAUGAUGUUCAUGCUCACAAAUAUUAUACUUACUAUCAGUGGGUUUGUUUUGCGUUAUUUUUCCAAGGUUUAGCAUGUUACACCCCCAAAUUUAUCUGGGAUAAAUUUGAAGGAGGCUUGAUGAAAACCUUAGUCAUGGGAUUGAACAUAGGAGCCACCCCCGAAAAAGUUAGGAAUGCCAGAAAGGAGAUCGUGAUAGAGUAUCUUCUUGAGCAUUUGAAGAAACAUAGAUUUUAUGCUAUUAGAUACUGGUGCUGUGAAUGUCUCUGUUUAGUAAACAUAAUAGUUCAACUUUAUUUGAUGAAUAAAUUUUUUGAUGGUGAAUUUUUAUCAUAUGGUCUCAGGGUUAUGAAUUACUCCAAUGAAGCUCAAGAAGAACGUGUAGAUCCAAUGGUUUACAUCUUCCCAAGACUUACCAAAUGCAACUUUUACAAAUAUGGUCCUUCUGGUAGUAUUCAGAAACUGGAUAGUUUAUGUGUUCUUCCUUUGAAUAUUGUCAAUGAGAAGACUUACAUUUUCCUUUGGUUCUGGUUCAUGAUACUUGCUUCUUUGCUGACCAUUUUGGUGAUAUAUAGGGUUUGCAUGAUGCUAUUCCCAAAAUUCAGGACUCGUAUCUUCCAUUCUAAAAAUUAUGGUAGUCCAUAUGAAGUGUCACAAACAAUUACAAGGAAAACAGAUAUAGGAGAUUGGUGGGUUCUUUAUAUGUUGGGAACCAAUAUGGAUUCUCUGAUUUUCAAAGAAAUGAUUUCUGAGUUGUCUAAGAGAAUUGAAGUGAAGUCUUCUAACCGCAGAUGAUUUUUUUUUUCAAUGGAGAUAUCUGUUCCGACGUGGACAGAUUAAUAUCCAAUUAUUCUUCUCAAAUCUUGCCGAGAAUCUCUGAAAGACUUGGAUUCUUGUGUUUCUCGAAUAAUACAAAUUCUGAUCUAUAAAUUUGAAAAAAUACUUGCGCCUUUAUAAUUGCCUUUGAUAAAUUUUGAUAAUGUAUACAAAUGCAGUUUUUAGAUUUUUAACUUGAUUAUCAUUGAUAAUGAUGUUUGCUCAUAAUGUUUUUAAAAAAUGAGAAUGUCUAUUUUUAUAGAAUUUUAUAAACACGUUUGUGGUUGAUAGUUAUAAGAAAGUUUGUACCUUGAACUCAAUAUUUGAUUUGUUCUUUGUGUCUUCACAAACUGAGUUAUUUACACUGUGAAUUUGCAGAUUGAUCAUUUUUUCUGAUUAUUUUAAGGCAUUUAUUGACAAAAACUAGCUUUAAUUUUAUUUAUAUCCUAGUGAAUUCAAAAUUGUUAGUUAUACUAAGAAUCAUUUUGAUUCAAUAUUAAUGUAACCAGUGAAAAACUCCAGUUUGUUAUUUUAAAUUAACAAUCAAACUUGAAUAUUUGGUGAAACAAACUGCCUUAUUUUAAAGUGAAGGAUUCUUUGUUUUCUUCGCAGCUCAUUUAUGUAGUACAUAAGUUAAUCUGAUUCAUUUUCCACAAAUAUAUUUAUUUUAGGCUAAUUUAGGUUUAGCUGUUAAGAAUCUCUUUAUUCAUUCAUAAUUAUUUUAUGAUUAUUUCAAUAAUUUUAAACAUUUCCUGUGAAUUAUUUCAAAGUGAUAAUAUAUGCAUUUAUAUUCGUUCCUCUUCUGAGAAUAAAUGUUGAAUUGACAUUCUUCUCUUGAUUAAUUGUAAUGACAUAUCAUAAGAUGAUUGAUCUUAAUUGAAUGGUGUCUAGUUCAAUUUUGAUUUCCAAUAAAUAUGUUAUAAAACAAUA